UUGUACAUUUCACCAUUUGUUCUCACACUCUCUCUCAAGUCAGGUCUUUCUAACCAGAUAUUUUAAGUUUGUUACAACUCGGUGAGGUGGUCUUACAAAAGGACAAAUCAACGAAAACAUUUUUUCUCCAAGCCAAAAGUCAAUACAUCAUGAAGUUCUCAAUCUCAGCAAUGAAGCAGGUACAACCAAUCUUAAGUUUCAAGAACAAACUUUCCAUGGUCAACGUCAGCUCUUUCCUCCGUCCCCAAGAAAAAGUCGUCUUCGUGAUGGGAGCCACUGGUUCCGGUAAGUCUCGUCUCGCCAUCGACCUAGCAACUAGGUUUCAGACAGAGAUCAUAAACUCCGACAAGAUCCAAGUUUACAAGGGCCUCGACGUUCUUACAAAUAAAAUAACACCUCAAGAAUGCCGAGGCGUGCCUCACCACUUGCUCGGAGUGUUUGACUCCGAAGCUGGCAACCUAACGGCCACCGACUUCUGCCGCCUUGCGUCACAAGAAAUCGCAACACUCUCGGCUAACAACAAGCUUCCUAUAGUAGCCGGUGGAUCAAACUCAUACAUCGAAGCACUUGCGAAUCAUUCGUCUGGAUUCUUGUUAAACAAGUACCAGUGCUGUUUUAUUUGGGUGGAUGUUUCUUUACCAGUUCUUAACUCCUUUGUCUCUAAGCGUGUCGACCGUAUGAUGGAAGCAGGAUUACUCGAGGAAGUAAGAGAAGCAUACAAUCCGAAAGGUGAUUAUUCCGUCGGGAUACGACGAGCUAUAGGAGUCCCCGAGCUUCACGAGUACUUAUGUUACGAAUCUCUAGUGGACCGUACUACACAGAGAAAGAUGCUUGACGCAGCGGUUAAAAAGAUUAAAGAGAACACAGAGAUACUAGCCUGUCGACAGUUACUAAAGAUUCAACGUCUGAGCAAGAAGUGGAAAUUGUCUAUGCACCGCGUGGACGCAACGGAAGUGUUCUUGAAACGUAACGAAGAAGAAGCUGACGAGGCUUGGGAGAAUCUCGUAGCGAGACCGACCAUGAGAAUCGUCGAUAAGUUCAAUAAUAACAAAGUGAUGAAAAAUGAUGAUGUUGAGCACUGUUUGACCUCCAUUGGAACGGCGUCUUACGGCGGAGGAAGUGGAAGUAGGGCUCACAAUAUGAUAUGAGGAAGUUUUGUCUUUUGGUCGUGUGAUGCUUUUUGAGUGCAAGUGUUUUGAGAUUUUUCAUGUGUGCGGUGGUGAUUCGCCGGAGGUUUUUUUUUGGCAACGUACAGGUGUGACAUAGUACCUCGGGGAACAAAAAAACAAACAAAAAUGCUAUUUUAUUUUUCUCUUUUUAAUGUUUGUAUAGUUGAUAUUCGCUUAUAUUAAUUGUUUGAUACCUA